UCUCGUAUUUAGGGACUUCUUCAUCCAAACGUCUUUCAAUUCGUUCCAGUUUAUUUCUCAGUAUACGGCUGCGCCAUAGUAGUACGUUUUAACAUUUUAGUCGGAAGAUACCACGGUCGGCAGUCCACAAGAGGUUACAUUUACAUAUGUAGAUUGUUCGUAAACAAGCUAGUGCAUUACCCCAGCGUGGAGUCCCUGCAUGUGCUAAUGCCAGGACUCAGAUUAUGCACGUCACUCUGCGCAGCUUAGGAGCCCGGCACUUGUAAAUCGGCAACACUGCUGUGAGGAAGGUAGUGACCUCUCUGUUGUAGUAGAGUCAGCGAGGAACAUUUUCUGAGACAGACACACGCGAGCGAGGAUUGAUCCAGAGAUAUGGAGAGCUGUAUUCUGAUACCUCCCGAGUUCGCCGUUGGACCGUCUCACGUCGGAGACCAGACGAACUUCCUUGAGAUGAGUAUAAGCGUGUGGUCUGCGCGGACGCUACGGCCGGGAGCGGUCUUCCUCCCCGACCAGGGCAGGGUCGUACUCGACAGACUGGAAGUCUACACGUACCUCAAGAAAGACGACGUGCGCCACGAGUUCGGUAACUAUGACGACAUCCAAGUUGUGGACGACAGGAAGGUUCGACACUGUAACUGGGUCCGCUUCCUCAGGUCAGCGGAUAACGAAGAAGAUGUGAGUUUGGUCGGUUACCGCGAGAAGGACAGGGUUUACUUCAAGGUGGUGAAGCUCGUCCCGCCCAACACCGAGCUGCUGGCGGCCUUCCAUCGGGACCAGGAGGCGACGGACCCCGCUGCCGAGGCGGCGGAGAGCCAGCGACUGUUCCUGGAGUUCACCGCCCCUCUCUUCGCCGCGCUACAACAGAGGCUAGGCGAGCGAGGCUCUGAUCCUCCCUCCAAGCGGACCAGCCCAGACCUGUCUCCCGGCGCGCGCGCACAGGCGGCCCGCAGCAUCACCCUGGUCACCCCGCCGCUGGAGGAGGAGGAGAGACGGGCUCUGAGCGGCGCCACGGGGCAUCUCGGACACCAGACAGCACAGAUCUCCCAUUCUGGGAAGCCGGCUUCUCCACCAUUCCGUCCACAGACCGCUCACACUGCACAUCCCCCCACCCUCGCCUCACAUCCCCUCAACCUCACCACACAUCCCCCCACACGCACCGCGCAUCCCCCUUCCCACGUCUCACAUUCCCCUACCCACACACCACAUCCCCCCGCCACCAGACCACAUCUCCCUACUCACGCCAAACAUCGCCCUACUCACACACCACGUCCCCCCACCCACACACCACAUCCCCCCACCCACACACCACAUCCCCCGACCCACACGCCACAUCCCCCCACCGUCCACACACCACAUCCCCCCACCCACACACCACAUCCCCCAACCCGGCGGCGGAACGGUGAGAGGACCCUGUUACCGUGUGAGGUGUGCGGCAAGGCGUUCGACAGACCUUCCCUUUUGAGGAGGCACAUGCGGACACACACAGGUGAGAAGCCCCACGCGUGUGACGUCUGCGGUAAGGCCUUCAGCACCUCCUCAUCCCUCAACACCCACCGGCGGAUCCACAGCGGAGAGAAGCCGCACGUGUGCCAGGUGUGCGGCAAGCGCUUCACGGCCUCGUCCAACCUCUAUUACCAUAGGAUGACGCACAUGAAGGAUAAGCCCCAUAAGUGCACGAUGUGUUCCAAGUCUUUCCCGACCCCGGGUGACCUGAAGAGUCACAUGUACGUACACAACGGCUCCUGGCCCUUCAAGUGUGACGUCUGCAACCGGGGCUUCAGCAAGCUCACCAACCUCAAGAAUCACAUGGUCUUACAUUCCGGCGAGAAGAAGUAUGAGUGUCCCCUCUGUAACAAGCGGUUUGCCCUGCCGUGUAACCUGCGCACCCAUCUGAAGACUGUCUGUCACCAGGGACAACUGCCCCAGCAGCCAUGUGCGCGUUGCGGCCAGGUCCUGACGCAGGAGGAACUAUCGAGGAACCCCAACGGAAUGUGUGGGCCCUGCUGCCUGGCUAAGCUCGACCUGGCUACCCGGGACAGGCCCCAUCUCCAGCCGGGGUUCUUCCGACCCAUGGAGAUGAAGGUCGAACACUGACGAUACAACCGAUUGAAACAGCACAGAGUUUGUACUGAAGAAACCUAAGGCAUCAUGAAAAACUGAGAGAAUGGUCUUCAUUAUGUUGAAGUAAUUCUGGCUAAAUGGCAGCUUUCGGAGUGUAGAAUUUCUGAGGACAAUUUUAAUAAUGAUACCACUGACCAGGGACUUACCGGCAUAUAAGCAACAGUUUCUGUCUGUGAUGUCAUCACACAGUAGCAUUUGCUGGCAAAUAUUUCAAAAAGUGCCUUUACAAUGAUAUCAUGUCAAGCAGUUUCAAAACGGCCCAUACACAAAAGUGUGUUAGAUCUGAGGUUAGCCGACACGCUUGAAAACAUGUAUUGUAUCUAAAUUUAUCUCAAAGUAGCACCAUCGCUCCAAGAUGCUUGCUUACAAUGUGUUAACAACUUCAGUAAAUCUGAAUAAGAUAGUUGUUAAGUUGUACAGUAACUGUUGUAUAUUGCUUCACUUAUCAUCAAGCCUACUACGCUGUGCAAAUUAAUGUGCAAUAAGUUAAGUUGCAAAUUUACAAUGUAUUUUAGAGGGUGAUCAUUCGUCAAACCAAGGACAAAAAGCUCCUUGGUCACAAGUGCACUCAAUAUUUGCGCAACUACUAGCAUCGACUUGGUCGUAAUGUUACACAAUGUAUCAUCUACAGCACAAAGAAGUCAGUUUAUUAUGUCAUUCCCCAUUCUUAUCCAUGGAAUUGUUGGACUGACUCAUGAAUCUAUAUUGUGUAAAACUUUCAAGGACGUCUGGUCACAGAUGUGAAUUUUAAAAAUACAACUGAAAA